AGGAAGGACGCCAUUAUCGCAGCCGCUCGACAAACACCACGAGAAUUCGGCACCGCACACGGAUUGAAUGACUUCUAAAUUUAUUUAUUUGGGGGCCUUCGGUGGUGCUUGACUGGAUAUUGCUGCCUGGUUCUGAAUGAUGUCAGAACAGGAUUUGGCAGAUGUUGUUCAGAUUGCGGUUGAAGACUUGAACCCAGAUGACCCAGUUGUGUUGGCAAAUCAUGAAGUGACAGAUGAAGAUGUGGAGCCUGCUCUUAAACGUCAGCGUAUAGAAAUUAAUUGCCAGGAUCCAUCUAUUAAGUCGUUCCUGUAUUCCAUUAACCAGACAAUAUGCYUGCGACUGGAUAGCAUCGAGGCCAAGUUGCUGGCCCUCGAGGCGACCUGUAAAUCGUUGGAAGAAAAGCUGGACCUUGUCAUGAACAAACAGCACAGCCCUAUCCAAGUGCCCAUGGUGGCAGGUUCUCCUCUCGGCGCUACGCAGACGUGCAAUAAAGUACGAUGCGCGGUUCCUGGCCGCAGGCAGAACACCAUCGUGGUGAAAGUUCCGGGGCACGAUGACAGUCACAAUGAGGACGGCGAGAGCGGCUCCGAGGCCAGCGACUCCGUCUCCAACAGCGGGCAGUUAGGAGGCCAAAGUAUUGGGAACAACGUCACCCUUAUUACCCUGAACUCCGAAGAGGAUUACCCCAACGGGACGUGGCUGGGAGAUGAAAAUAAUCCCGAAAUGCGGGUCCGUUGCCCCAUCACCCCCGCUGACAUGCUGCACAUCAGCACGAACUGCCGCACAGCCGAGAAGAUGGCGUUGACGUUGCUGGAUUAUCUCUUCCAUCGGGAAAUCCAGGCCAUCUCCAACCUUUCAGGCCAGGGGAAGCAUGGGAAGAAGCAGCUUGAUCCUCUCAUGAUUUACGGCAUUCGCUGUCACCUAUUUUAUAAAUUUGGCAUCACAGAGUCUGACUGGUAUCGUAUCAAGCAGAGCAUAGACUCCAAAUGCCGAACAGCCUGGAGACGGAAGCAGCGAGGCCAGAGUCUUGCAGUGAAAAGCUUUUCAAGGCGAACACCUUCAUCAUCAUCUUACAGUGGUUCAGAACCUGUCUUUUCCACUGUUCCGCCUGCUCUCCAGAGGGUGAAAGUUGCACCGCAACCACAGGCCCUACACUAUGCACUAGCCAACGCUCAGCAGGUUCAGAUCCACCAAAUAGGCGAAGAUGGGCAAGUCCAAGUGAUCCCACAGGGUCACCUCCACAUAGCCCAGGUACCUCAAGGYGAACAAGUCCAAAUCACGCAGGACAGCGAGGGAAAUCUACAGAUACAUCAAGUUCAUGUUGGUCAAGACGGGCAGCUGUUAGAAUGCACGAGAAUCCCCUGUGUUCUAGCACCCUCAUUUGGAGUUGCGCUUUCAGGGCAGGUGCUGCAGGGCGCCCAGCUCAUCGCGGUUGCRUCUGCGGAACCGGCGUCGGGGGGUGUUGACGGAUCCCCGCUCCAAGGGAGUGACAUCCAAGUGCAGUACGUGCAGCUGGCCCCAGUGACAGACCACUCCGCCACGAACGCAGGCACUGAUGCCCUCCAAUCAGCAAUCCAGCCAGAGAUGCAGAUAGAGCACGGAGCCAUCCAAAUUCAAUAAACCAGGAACUGCGGAAAGCUGUGUCAACCGCGCUGCCAGCGAACCACGGUGGGAAGCUGUAGCCCUCGUGCAGCACCAGGAGAACAGCAACACCUCCCAGCCUCAUGGUCACACCUUGGGCAUCCCCUCUCGAUGUCAGGGCUCGGAGGAGGUGUCUGCUCUUAUGCACCUAGUCCUCACCAGACCCAUUUACUUCAGCUGGAACUACAUCACUGGACAGCAGAACCCGGCCUUGGAAAAUACGUGGCUGGCCCUUAGGUAUAUUUAAAGAGGAAGAAAUCCUUCCUGAAGGAGGCAAAGAAAUCUAAUUAAUCAGAACAGUAAGACUAAAUUAAUGUUCAUCCUGUCAUUUCUUCUGUGAAAUACACCAUUUGAAUGUCUGUAGAUACCUUAUGAAGUGUAUUGCUGCUUGCAAUACUGGCUUUACCACAUAGAGAAAAUSAAGAGCUCAAAUAUUUUUCACUGUUAAAACAGCUUUUUUAUUUGC